GCCCUAGGUAGUGAAGCGCUUGGCAUCUUCGAAGCGGUAUCACCAUGGCGGAGGUUCCAGACUGGUGUUCCUUGGCCUCCCCGGCUUCCGUCUGCCACAUCACGCACCUGCACCUGCGCUGCGCCGUCGACUUCGCCCGGCGGGCACUGCGGGCCACCGCCCAGCUCACCGUGCGCUCCCAGGAGGACCAUCUGCGCAGCCUGGUUUUGGAUACAAAGGAUCUUAAGAUAGAAAAAGUUGUGAUUAAUGGGCAAGAAGUCCAGUUCACUCUUGGUGCAAGGCAAAGCUUCAGAGGAUCCCCACUGGAAAUCACUCUUCCUGUGGCACUGAGCAAAAAACAAGAAGUGGUUGUGGAGAUUUCCUACGAGACGUCACCCCACUCUUCAGCUCUACAAUGGCUCACUCCUGAACAGACGUCUGGGAAGAAACACCCCUAUCUUUUCAGCCAGUGCCAGGCCAUCCACUGCAGAGCCAUUCUCCCAUGCCAGGACACUCCUUCGGUGAAGCUCACCUACAGUGCUGAGGUAUCCAUUCCCAAUGAACUGGUGGCUCUCAUGAGUGCUCUCCGUGAUGGAGAAGCCCCUGAUCCUGCAGACUCCAGUAGGAAAAUCUAUAAAUUCAUACAAAAGGUCCCAAUACCGUGUUAUCUGAUCGCUCUCGUCGUCGGAGCUUUAGAAAACAGAAAGAUUGGCCCAAGAACAUCGGUGUGGUCUGAGAAAGAACAGGUGGAAAAGUCUGCUUUUGAAUUUUCUGAGACUGAACGGAUGUUGAAAAUUGCUGAAGAUCUGGGAGGACCUUAUGUAUGGGGACAAUAUGACUUGCUGGUCUUGCCACCUUCCUUCCCUUAUGGUGGCAUGGAAAAUCCUUGCCUUACAUUUGUGACUCCCACUUUGUUGGCAGGUGACAAGUCACUCUCAAAUGUGAUUGCCCAUGAGAUCUCUCACAGCUGGACGGGAAACCUGGUGACAAACAAAACUUGGGAUCACUUUUGGUUAAACGAAGGACAUACUGUGUACCUGGAACGCCAUAUUUGUGGUCAAUUAUUUGGUGAAAAGUUCAGGCAUUUCCACGCUUUGGGAGGAUGGGGAGAAUUACAGAAUUCGGUCAAGACUUUUGGAGACACCCAUCCCUUCACCAAACUGGUGGUGAACCUGAAGGAUGUGGACCCUGAUGAGGUGUAUUCCUCUGUCCCAUAUGAGAAAGGCUUUGCUCUACUCUUUUAUCUUGAACAGCUUCUUGGAGGACCAGAGGUUUUCCUGGCAUUCCUAAAAGCUUACAUUAAGGAAUUUUCCUACAAGAGCUUAACUACCGAUGACUGGAAAGCCUUCCUGUAUUCCCACUUCAAAGACAAGACCGAUAUUCUUAAUCAAGUGGACUGGAAUGGUUGGUUCUACUCUCCUGGCCUGCCGCCUGUAAAGCCAAAGUAUGAUAUGACUCUAACCAAAGCCUGUGUUGACUUGAGCCAACGAUGGAUCGCAGCCAAAGAAGAUGAUUUGAGCACAUUUUCUUCAGCAGACAUAAAAGAUAUGUCAUCUCAUCAGUUGAUUGAGUUUUUAGCAUUGACGCUAUUGGCGGCACCAAUGCCAGUACCACAUUUAAAGCGAAUGCAGGAGCUGUACAACUUCAAUGCUGUCACAAAUUCUGAACUACGCUUCAGAUGGCUGCGCCUUUGUAUCCAGUCCAAGUGGGAGGACGCCAUCCCUCUGGCCCUAGAAAUGGCGACAGGACAAGGAAGACUAAAAUUUACACGGCCCUUGUUCAAGGAUCUCGCCGCCUUUGAUAAAUCCCGAGGUCAGGCUCUCAGUACCUAUCAGCGACACAAAGCUAGUAUGCAUCCCGUGACUGCCAUGCUGGUGGGGAAGGAUCUGAAAGUGGACUGAGGACUUCCCUGCCCGCCCAAUGCCUGCCAGUGAAUGACCGAAGCAUAUAGUCUGUGACUCGCUUUGUAAUCACAUUCCCAUUUACGUGCACAUUUGUUUUCUAUUGUAUCAGUGAUUUUUGCCAAAAUAAAACCAAGCUAAAAUUUUU